UCACACCGACCUGAGCAGUCUUACCGUGCAGUUUAUUUUUCUCUCCCUGUAAAUUUUAGGGCAGACAUCCAGCAUAGACUUUCGGCAACUAGACUGUCCGGAGCACCACCAUGUCCAAACGUGUUACGCUGUUCCUCCUUACCUGUGCCUUGGCGGUGGUGUCCGCACGACACGGAAGUGAGAACACCACCAAGCCCCACAUUCUCUUCAUCGUGGCCGACGACCUAGGUUGGAAUGACGUCGGCUGGCACAAUCCUGACGUCAAGACGCCGGUUCUGGACCAGCUGGCGCACGAGGGCGUCAUCUUCAACCAGUCUUACGUCAACUACGUCUGUACACCGUCCAGAACUGCCUUCAUGACAGGGUACUUCCCGUACCACGUGGGUUCUCAGCACCUGGUGUUCUUCCCCCAGCAGGCUCAGGCCAUCCCGUCUAACUUCACCAUGCUUCCCGAGAAGCUGAAGGAGCUGGGGUACGCCACUCACAUGGUGGGCAAGUGGCACCUGGGCUUCUGCAACUGGAAGUACACGCCGACCUACCGCGGCUUCGACUCCUUCUACGGUUACUAUAAUGCAGAUGAGGACUACUAUACCCACGUCGUCGCUGGUGGACUGGACCUAAGAGACGACAAGGAAGUCGUCAAUACAAAGAAUGGACAGUACGGCACGUACUUCUUCACGGACCGGAUCAUUGACGUGGUUGAGAAACACCCCACAGACACACCCCUGUUUCUGUACCUGCCCUUCCAGAACGUGCACGAACCAUUGGAGGUUCCCCAACGGUUCGAAGACAUCUACGCGAACGUUCAAGAUGAAAACAGGAGAAAACUUCUCGGUAUGGUGAGCGCCCUGGACGAGGCUGUCGGGAACGUUACCAUGGCAAUGAAGAAUGCGGGACUGUGGGACAACACUCUUGUGAUCUUCACUACUGACAACGGCGGCUGGAUCGUUGCCAGUGGCAACAACUACCCGCUCCGUGGCGGGAAGGUGACCCUGUGGGAGGGGGGCACCAGGGGCGUGGCGUUCGCGCACGGCAAGAUGCUGCAGAAAACCGGCUACACCAACAAUGAGCUGAUCCAUGCUGUGGACUGGUUCCCAACCAUCCUGGAAGCAGCCGGGGGUACUGCUGAUGCCGCUAUUGACGGGGUUAGCCAGCUGGACACCAUCCUGUCAGGGAAGCCCUCACCGCGCACAGAGUUCGUCUACAACAUUGAUGACGUCUUCCCGACUAAACAGGGAGCCAUCAGGGUUGGCGACUACAAGCUGAUCGAGGGGUAUGCCGGGAAGCCUGACGGGUGGAUCCGUCCCGACAACCUGACGGAGAGUCAGCCUGACAGCGGGGACCCCACCACUGGCACAUGGCUCUUCAACCUGAAAGACGACCCCACAGAGCACAACAACCUGGCGGCCACCAUGCCGGACAAGCUGAAGGAGAUGCAGGCUAAGCUGGAGGACUACAGGAAGUCCAUGGUUCCCGCCAUCAACCCGCUGCCUGACCCCAAGUCCAACCCGAAGGACUGGGGAGGGGCGUGGUCGCCCGGCUGGUGCUAGCCAACUACACGUAGUACACGUAGCC